AUGUUACUGAUUCUGGUAUCAGUAACUCUUUGGUUCUGCUCGGUGCGAGCAUUUCUCACCGAGAACUCUGGUUUUCACUGCAUGACGCGACAUUCGAUGCGGUUGAAUAGGGCAGUUCAUGGCGAACCGCAAAAAACUCUGCCGCCAUUUGAAUUUCAUUUCGUUGAUACAAAAGGACACGAUACGAGCUAUUACGAGCCGGGAAAAAUCUAUACCAUUCGCUUAAUUGGCUUUGUGCAUUUUCGUGGAUUUCUGCUACAAGCACGCCUGACGAAUGAAAACGGUUUCCUGCUUGGCUCGCUGAAAGGUGGUCGAUUCAUAGAAAGCAAAAACUGGGAGACAUUUGGAGUGCGGAUGCAGAAAUGCGACCGGCGAUCAUUAAGUUGGCAGGAUUCUGUUACGCAUUCCAAUGACUCCCGCAAAUUUAUCGUGCAGGUCGAAUGGACUGCUGACAGGGAGAUCGGCGCUGUUCAGUUUUUGCUGACGAUUGCUGAAGAGGACGAAAUCUAUUGGGAGAGAUGGCGCCCGCAGACCGGAUUCAUUAUGCCGACGAGCUGGAGAGGCAAGCAUAUCAACAUCAUCCAGGAAGUCUUCAAUGACGAAAAGGCCGCUUUCCUACAGCUUGCUGGUUCCUCUUUUACUUAA